UGCUUUGGGAAGCGAGCCUCAGCACCAGCUCCAGCAACGCCAACACGAUGCGAGCCCAAAUCGAAGUUAUACCAUGCAAAAUCUGCGGAGACAAAUCAUCAGGGAUCCACUAUGGAGUCAUUACGUGUGAGGGAUGUAAGGGUUUCUUCAGACGGAGUCAGCAGAAUAAUGCCUCAUACUCCUGCCCCCGCCAGAGGAACUGCCUCAUCGAUAGAACAAACCGCAACCGCUGCCAACACUGCCGCCUGCAGAAAUGUCUUGCCCUAGGAAUGUCCAGAGAUGCGGUAAAGUUUGGCCGCAUGUCCAAGAAGCAACGUGACAGCCUGUAUGCAGAGGUCCAGAAACACCAGGCACGACUGCAGGAGCAGCGGCAACAGCAGACGGGCGAAGCAGAAGCUCUGGCUCGUGUUUAUUCAUCCAGCCUAACCAAUGGACUGUCCACCCUUAACCAUGAAAUUGGAGGCACCUAUGCCAAUGGUCACGUCAUUGAGCUACCCAAAGGUGGCCAUGGUAACGGAGGAGGAGUCCCGGGGGGCUACUACGGGAUGGAUUCCACCCAGCCGUCUCCAGACCAGUCAGGUUUGGACAUGUCGGGCAUGAAGCACAUUAAGCAGGAGCCGGUGUAUGACCUGACGCCAGUACCCAACCUGUUCAGCUACGGAGGCUACCAGGACAGUCAGCUGGGACCCAAUAACGUCAGCAUGGGAGAGCUCGACCGCAUUGCUCAGAAUAUCAUCAAGUCCCACUUGGAGACAUGUCAGUACACAACAGAGGAGCUGCAGCAGCUCGCCUGGCAGACACAUUCCUAUGAAGAGGUCAAAAUGUACCAGAGCAAGCCCCGGGACGUGCUGUGGCAGCAGUGUGCCAUCCAGAUCACCCAUGCAAUCCAGUACGUGGUGGAGUUCGCCAAGCGCAUCUCAGGGUUCAUGGAACUGUGCCAGAACGACCAGAUCCUCCUUCUCAAGUCAGGUUGUUUGGAGGUAGUCUUGGUGCGGAUGUGCAGAGCAUUCAACCCUCUCAACAACACUGUGCUCUUUGAAGGGAAGUACGGAGGCAUGCAGAUGUUCAAAGCGCUAGGUUGUGAUGACUUAGUGAGCGCAGUGUUUGACUUUGCCAAGAGUUUGUGUUCGCUGCAGCUGACAGAGGAGGAGAUCGCUCUGUUCUCGGCAGCUGUACUAAUUUCUACAGAUCGACCAUGGCUGAUGGAGCCUCGGAAGGUCCAGAAGCUCCAGGAGAAGAUCUACUUUGCUCUGCAGCACAUUAUGCAGAAGAACCACAUGGAUGAGGAUGCACUGGCGAAGCUGAUCAGCCGAAUCCCAACACUGUCAGCCCUGUGUACGCUCCAUACCGAAGAGCUUCAGGCCUUCCAGCAACUCCACCCAGAAACGGUCAACGUCCUCUUCCCUCCGCUCUACAAAGAACUCUUCAACCCCGACCCAAACUCUGCCAUGGCGAUGCCCAAGUGACUGCCUAUGGUCCAAAUGCAACAAACGGCGUCAGCAGAGGACCAAGAAAACAAUACAGCCACAUCUGACAUGGCGACAGCGGCUACGUCGGCCAUGUCAUCGUCGUGGCAACCACAUAUUUCCGAGCUCCCCCAGGCGCAUUUCAGGCUGGUGGGCGAGGAGUCAUCUGCUAGAAACUUAGAGUUACCGCCAACAAUACUAGGAAUGUCCAGCACUUAUCCCAUCCCGUUCACCGAUACAGUCUGAAGAAUGUAUAUAUAAAUGAAACGCGCCCCAAGCCACAACCUGAGCGGGGCUUCCACCUAUCUCCUGAACUGAACUGACUGACCAGAAAUGUACAGACUUUAAAACAUCUAGGAACAAUUUUAAGCUGUCGAUCUUUAAAAAAAAAAAAAAUGGGUAAGUUAAUUUGAUUUAACUUUGAAAAAAAAAAUCAUUUUUGUUUAAAUUUUUUUUCACAUGAAGACAUUGUGAAGUUGAAGAAGCUGGAUGGGGGAGGGAACUGUGGAUUUAGAGAAGCUAUUGUAGAUAUUCUUCUAGUGGAGAGCGGAUUCCAGUAUUACUUCUUGUUCUGUUAAAAUAAGUUAGUCCUAAUUUAAAUAUACAGCAGUCCACUGUGGCUGACUAUA